AGAAGUAGAGAAGAAAACACUGGACCGCCUUCGCCGCUGCUUUUCUUCUUCCUUUCACCCCGCUUGCGCUCUCUCCUCUCCUCUCUCUCUCCUGUGCCAACCGGGCUACCGCCGCCGACGGCCCAUCAAACCCACGCACCGCCGGCUCCUUGCAGCGCAGCGCCGACGCUCAUCUCCCUCGCAGCGCCGCUCAGGCUCGGUCCCUCAGCGCAGAUCUUCUGCUCCUUCCCCCACUCGCGCUCAGGCUCGGUCCCAAGGAUCGGAUCUUCCGCGCGUCGGCGGCUCCCCCUCGGCGGCGUCCAGCGACGGAGGGGCAGUCCCAGGCUCGGCGGCGGCGUCGGCGGCUCCCCCCACCUUCUAUCGCCAGUCGCCUCGCGCCCUCGCCUGCGUCCUCCGCGCACCGGCCGACGACCCUGCCAUCCUUUUAGGUCUCGUUUGAAAGAAGAAUUAGGCAACACUUCUUUGCGAAUUGAGGAUGUCAGUUUCUAUGAAGGACCUGGACCCGGCUUUCCGUGGUUCUGGACAAAAGGACGGCUUGGAAAUAUGGCGUAUUGAGAAUUUCAAGCCGGUUCCUGUCCCUGCAUCUUCAUAUGGAAAGUUCUUCAUGGGUGAUUCUUACAUUAUCUUGAAGACAACAGCCUUGAAAAAUGGUUCUCUUCGCCAUGACAUCCAUUACUGGAUUGGUAAAGAUACUAGUCAGGACGAAGCUGGAACUGCUGCGAUUUUAACGGUAGAGCUUGAUGCUGCUCUUGGCGGGCGUGCUGUUCAGUACCGAGAAAUACAAGGCAAUGAAACAGAAAAAUUCCUGUCCUAUUUUAGACCAUGCAUCAUGCCACAGCCAGGAGGAGUGGCAUCUGGAUUCAACCAUGUUGAGGUCAAUGAGCAGGAUCACGAGACCCGCUUAUAUGUCUGCCAUGGGAAGCAUGUUGUUCAUGUUAAAGAGGUUCCCUUUGCUCGAUCAUCCCUUAAUCAUGAUGACAUAUUUAUUUUGGAUACGAAGUUCAAAAUUUUCCAGUUCAGUGGCUCAAACUCAUCCAUCCAAGAGCGAGCAAAAGCUCUUGAAGUUGUGCAGUACAUCAAAGAUACAUUUCAUGAGGGCAAAUGUGAAAUUGCAUCUGUUGAGGAUGGUAGAAUGAUGGCUGAUGCGGAAGCUGGUGAAUUCUGGAGUUUUUUUGGUGGCUUCGCCCCUCUUCCUAGGAGGGCACCUGCAGAAGGCAAUGAGAAACAUGAAGAAACUGCUUUCAAAUUGCUAUGUUUUGACCAAGGAAAGCUGGUGCCUAUCGACUGCCAAUCUUUAGCACAUGAAUUACUUGAGACAAACAAGUGUUACUUCUUAGACUCUGGUUCUGAAUUGUAUGUUUGGAUGGGCAGAAUUACAUCCCUGCAGGAGAGAAAGGGUGCUAGUGAAGCUGCUGAGAAAUUGCUCUCUGAUUCAAACCGAACAAGAACACAUAUAAUCAAAGUGAUUGAAGGGUUUGAGACUGUUACGUUCAAGUCAAAAUUUAAAGAGUGGCCGCAGACGCCUGAGUUGAAGUUGUCAUCGGAGGAUGGAAGAGGCAAAGUUGCAGCUCUUCUCAAACGCCAGGGCUUAAAUGUUAAGGGUUUGAUGAAAGCUGCUCCUGCAAAAGAAGAACCUCAAUCCUAUAUUGAUUGCACUGGCAACUUGCAGGUUUGGCGUGUAAAUGAUAAAGACAAGGUUCAACUCUCAUCCUCUGACCAAUCCAAAUUUUACACUGGCGAUUGCUACGUAUUUCAGUAUACUUAUCCUGGAGAUGAUAAGGAGGAAUGUCUUGUUGGAACCUGGUUUGGGAAAAAGAGUAUUGAGGAGGAUAGGGUAAUAGCAGUUUCACUUGCAAGCAAGAUGGUUGAAUCUGCUAAGUUUCAGGCCGUCCAGGCACGCUUUUAUGAGGGGAAAGAACCGAUUCAGUUCUUUGUGAUAUUUCAAAGCUUGCAAGUGUUUAAGGGUGGUCUUAGUUCUGGAUACAAGAGAUUCACCGCUGAAAAUGGUAUUGAUGAUGAAAGUUAUUCUGAAGAUGGGCUUGCACUCUUUCGUAUUCAAGGUUCAGGACCAGAAAACAUGCAAGCGAUUCAAGUUGAACCAGUGGCCUCGUCAUUGAAUUCAUCAUAUUGUUACAUUCUACAUGAUGGACACACAGUGUUCACUUGGGCUGGAAAUCUGACCACUGCAUUGGAUCAAGAGUUAAUGGAGAGGCAACUUGAUGUUAUUAAGCCAAACACACAGUCUAGGUCACAAAAGGAAGGUUCAGAAACGGACCAGUUUUGGAGCUUACUGGGAGGCAAAUCUGAGUACUCAGGCCAAAAAAUGGUGCGAGAACUUGAAAGUGAUCCCCAUCUUUUCUCAUGCAUCCUGUCGAAAGGCAAUUUGAAGGUCAAAGAAAUAUACCACUUUACUCAAGAUGAUCUAAUGACAGAAGAUGUUUUCAUUCUGGACUGUCACACGAGCAUAUUUGUUUGGGUUGGUCAGCAGGUGGAUGUUAAAGUCAGGUUACAAGCUCUGGAUGUUGGGGAGAAAUUUAUUGUGCUUGAUUUCCUUAUGGAAAACCUUGCCCGUGAAACACCAAUUUUCACCGUUAUGGAGGGGAGUGAGCCUCCCUUUUUCACUAGAUUCUUCACCUGGGACUUGGCAAAAUCACUGAUGCAUGGCAAUUCAUACCAGAGGAAGCUUGCCAUUGUAAAAGGUGGAGGUGCUCCAGCACUGGAUAAACCGAAACGACGAACACCCGUCUAUUCAGGAAGGAGUACUACACAAGAUAAAUCCCAACGCUCCAGAAGCAUGUCCUUCAGUCCUGAGCGCGUCCGUGUUAGGGGAAGAUCUCCAGCAUUCACUGCAUUGGCUGCUAAUUUUGAAAGUUCAAGCAACAGAAAUCUUUCCACUCCUCCACCUGUAGUUAAGAAACUUUACCCGAAAUCUGUUACACCUGAUUCGUCAAAUACAAAGUCAUCUGCAAUUGCUGCUGUGGCUGGUUCUUUGGAUCGCCCUUCUCAAACUCCUGCUCCAGAAUUCGUGAAAGAUGGCUCUGAGUCAGAGAAGCCAAAACAGGAGGGAGAUGGUAAAGGUGUUGAUACUGUGGCCACUAGAGUCGAAUCUCUGACUAUAAAUGAAGAUGUAAAAGAAAACGAGCCAGAAGAUGACGAGGGCCUUCCUAUUUACCCAUAUGAACGUCUGCAGACCACAGCUGCUGAUCCUGUUACUGAAAUUGAUGUCACGAGGCGAGAGACCUACUUGUCUUCGACUGAAUUCAAAGAGAAGUUUGGGAUGACAAAGGAAGCAUUUAGCAAGCUUCCAAAGUGGAAGCAGAAUAGGCUAAAAAUUGCUCUUCAACUUUUUUAGCCUGAUCAUCAACGCUUCCAAUGUCUCAUUUAAUCCUUGGGUCAAAUGGCCAUUUGGUGAAAUUCGUUGUGUUCUAUAUCUGAUUAGCCCAUGGCAACUGCCGUCAUUUUGCAGAACGCAAUCACCAUCUGCAAUGACACAUCAGUUUUCACAUUGUCCUGGAUAGGUCUCCUUUUUCCUAGCUUGGAUUUGUUUUGCUAGGUUUCUCUUAUUCUUCCAAUUCAUAGGUGUGUUUUUUCCUUUUUCCUUUUUGUCAAGUGCCCUUCAUUGAUUCAAGGGUCACACAGGUUUGAUUCCGAGGCUUGAAAUUUUUCUGUAUCAACUCUGCCUUGCUGUGUUCCUUUUUUGUUUUUUUUUGAGAUGAGUUGCUGUUUGAGGGAGCGAGAGGUAUGUACAGCAGAGUGCCGGCACUGUAAAAUCACAAUACUCUUAUCUUUGAUCAAUAUAAUUGUUUUUGUGUGUGUAAGUUA